GAGAGUUGACUGUCGAGUGUCACCCCGAGGUUCCUGGCAGUCCGGGUAGGGGCCAACACAGAGCUGUUGAAGAGCUUCACCUUGAGGUCAUUGCAGCGUGACGCGGCUCAACGAGGACACGCCCACACAGAGAUGAAGACCCGUCAAAAGUCCUGGAGGAACCGGGAGGAACCGGGAGGAACCGGGAGGAACCGGCUCCGUUCUCCUGCUGCCCAGUCGGCGCGUGGAGCCUCUCGGGACUCUUGCUGCUCCACGAUGAGGACGGAGUCCAGGAUAAUCUGGUGGCUCCGAUGGACUGUGACCGUGAUUGCUGCCUUGCUGCUGGGCUUCGUCAUAGGCUGGUCUGCGAACCACAAGCGGCUGCAACCAAACGCUGUGGACAAAAGUACUUCUAGCAAAUAUUUGAAGGAACUCCUGCGGGGAAUGCAGCCGGACCAGAUCAGACGAAACCUUUGGAAGUUCACCCGCCUCCCCCACCUGGCCGGCACAGAGCAGAAUCUGAGAUACGCGGAGCAGAUCGGGGAAGAGUGGCUGGAGUUCGGCCUGGACUCGGUGGAGCUGGUGCCCUACGACGUGCUGCUGUCCUACCCCAACCAAUCACAGCCCAACUACAUCUCCAUCGUGGACCGGUUCGGCGGCGAGGUUUUCAACACAUCGUUGGCCGAGCCCGUUCCAGAGGGUUAUGAACAUGUUUCUGACAUCGUGCCUCCAUACAGCGCCUUCUCUGCCAAAGGCCAACCUGAGGGGGAUCUGGUGUACGUGAACUACGGCCGGACAGAAGACUUCUCCCAGCUGAAGGAGGAGAUGGGCGUCAACGCCACCGGGAAGAUCGUCAUCGUCAGAUACGGGAAAAUAUUCAGAGGCAACAAGGUGACUAACGCCAUGUCCGCCGGAGCAAAGGGGGUCAUCAUGUUCUCAGACCCAGACGACUACUGUGCUGCUGGGGUCCAGACCUACCCUGAUGGGUGGAACCUACCCGGCGGAGGAGCUCAGAGAGGAAAUGUUCUGAACCUCAACGGAGCCGGAGACCCACUCACACCCGGGUACCCGGCUAAGGAAUACACCUACAGGUCCAGCAUUGAGAAAGGGGCGGGCCUUCCCAAGAUUCCUGUGCAUCCGAUUGGCUACCACGAUGCCGUUCACCUGCUGAAGAACAUGGGAGGACCGACGCCACCCAACAACUGGAAGGGAACUCUGGAUGUUCCCUACAGGAUCGGCCCGGGCUUCACGGGGGACUUCAAGAGCCAGAAGGUGCGUAUGAACCUCCACACCAACAACCAGGUGACCCGGAUCCACAAUGUCAUCGGCAGGAUCAGAGGAGCUCUGGAACCAGACAGGUAUGUGAUUCUGGGAGGCCACCGGGAUGCCUGGGUGUUUGGAGCCAUCGACCCCAUGUCUGGUGUUGCCGUGGUCCAUGAAAUCGUCAGGAACUUUGGCUUGCUGCUACGUAAAGGCUGGAGGCCGAGGAGGACCAUCAUAUUUGCCAGCUGGGAUGCAGAGGAGUUUGGACUGCAGGGGUCUACAGAAUGGGCAGAGGAUAACGCCAAGCUGCUGCAGGAGAGGGCCGUGGCCUAUAUCAACGCCGACUCGGCGAUUGAGGGCAUGUACACACUGAGGGUGGACUGCACUCCGUCUCUACACACGUUGGUGUACGACCUCACGAAGCAGAUCGCGAGUCCAGAAGAAGGAGAGGAAGACAUUUCCCUGUACGACAGCUGGCACAAGAGGGACAACUGGACUGAUGACCGCGACGCACCGAGUCCCCUGUGCUGCAGGAUCAGUAAACUGGGGUCAGGCAGUGACUUUGAGGCCUAUUUCAUCCGUCUGGGAGUCGCUGCAGCCAGAGCCAGGUACACCAAGAACAAGGAGACGGAGCGCUACAGCAGUUACCCCGUCUACCACACGGGGUACGAGACCUUCGAGUUGGUGGAGAAGUUCUACGACCCCACCUUCAAGAGGCUGCGCGCGGUGGCCCAGGUGAGGGCGGGGCUUAUCUUCCAAUUGGCCGAUUCCCAGCUGCUCCCCCUCGACGCCGAGCAGUACGCGGCGUCGCUGGAGAAGUACGCGCUGAGCAUCGCCCGGCUGGCUCAGAGGAGCCCGGAGCAGCUGGCGGCCUCCGGGGCGUCGUUCGACGCUUUGUUUUCUGCUGUGAACAACUUCACCGCCGCGGCGAGAGGUUUCCACGAGCGCCCGCUGCGCCGAGACGAUCCUCUGGAGCUCCGAGCCGUGAAUGAUCAGCUCAUGUACCUGGAGAGAGCCUUCAUCGACCCCAUGGGCUUACCUGGAAGACCCUUCUACAGGCAUGUGAUUUUCGCUCCCAGCAGCCAGAAUAAGUACGCCGGCAUGGCGUUCCCCGGGAUCUACGACGCGUUGUUCGACAUCAAGAACUCGGCGGAUCCUCCGGCGGCCUGGGAGGAAGUCAAGCGCCAGAUCAGCAUCGCGGCGUUCACCGUGCACGCCGCGGCCAUGACGCUGACGCCCCCUGCAUGAAGCCACGACGCCAUGACGCUGACGCCCCCUGCAUGAAGCCACGACGCCGCGACGCCAUGACGCUGACGCCCCCUGCAUGAAGCCACGACGCCGCGACGCCAUGACGCUGACGCCCCCUGCAUGAAGCCACGACGCUGACGCCACCUACAUGAUGCUAACGCCACGACGCUGACGCCAUGUGAUUGAGCAACAAAUGAAAUUAUUGUAUUUAACUAUUCUGAUGUUUUCAACAGUACAUUACAAAUAUACUAUUAAAAAAUUUAUAUUUUUUGCAAAUACAUAAAAAGUACAGAAGUCACGCGUUCACUGUAGAAAUACAACUUUUAACACUUUAUAAUAAUUGUACCGCCGUGAACUUCCAAGAUGCAUAUAAGAAAAGUGUAAGUUCUGUAUUUAAAUACUUCUGUGAACUUUG